AUGGCGUGCAAGUACCUGCGCAGGAGGUGCGCCCCCGACUGCGUGCUCACCUCCUACUUCCCGGUGUCGCAACCCUCACCGCUACGUCGCCGUCCACCUGGCCUUUGGCGCCAGCAAAGUCGCAAGGUUGCUCGAGGAUCAAGCUACAGCUUGCCGGUGGAUGAGAGAGCUCAGGCGGCGGAGACGAUGGCAAUGGAGGCGCAGUGGCUGGUGGAGGACCCGGUGUACGGAUGUGACGGGAUCAUCAGCCAGCUGCAGGAGGAGAUUCAGCCAACGCAGUGCAAGCUCACCAGGACGCGGGCGCAGCUCGCCAUCGUCCCUGUGCACGGUGCAUAG